AUGCCCCUUCAUUCCCUCCCUAUCCCGACGGAUUCUCCUGCGCCGUCGUCCAAACCCUCAUCUUCAAAAAACUCCCAUUUCCGAGGCGUCCGGAAGCGUCCAUGGGGCCGCUUCGCCGCCGAGAUCCGUGAUCCAUGGAAAAAGACCCGCAAGUGGCUAGGCACUUUCGACACAGCAGAAGAAGCCGCCAGAGCCUACGACGACGCCGCCAGGGCCCUCCGUGGAUCCAAAGCCAAGACCAACUUCUCUUACUUCGUCGCUCCUACAAUUCUUCCAGUGCCUCCAACCUUCGACGGUGGUAAUGGGAGACAUGUCGCGUUUUGGAGUCCUCCGGUUUGUUUCACGGCGGGUGCUCCGGUGAGGUCGGAGUACAAAGGUUACAAGCUUGAGAAUAUUGUGGCGAGGAAAGAGAAGGAGGAGGAGAAGAAAAAGCCGUUUUUGUUUGACCUGAACUUGCCGGCACCGCUUGUUUGA